AUGCUUGAUGCAAAGGAAAAUAUACCUCUUGCAUAUGGAGAGGGUACAAGUAAGAUUGGUUGUUCCACGCGAGACAUGACAUGCAGAGGAGAGAAUAUGUAUAAUAGAAAAGAAUCGCUCAAGGAAAAUAUUGGAAAAAUGUCUCGGGCGGACAAUGGAAUAAGCUACAUCGAUGAUAAUGGAGACAGUACUAAGAGUAUACAAGGAGGAGGAUGUGUGAAUAAUGACGUUAGCUGUAAUGAUCUUAGCGGACAACACAUAAAAACCAAGAACAAAAGCUUCGUCAACAACAAUGAGUACCUAAACAUCGAAAAAAAUGAAGUCAUUACUAAUAACAGAAAUAACAGAAACAACAACGGAAGCCACAACAAUAUCGGAAACAAAAGUGGCAGCAACAAUAGUGACAUCAAUGGAAACGUUUCUCAAAAUGGCAAUCAAACAGUCAACGGUUUCGGUAGUGGUAACAACAAUAGCGUUGGAAUUGGAGAAGGAAGUGGAAACGGUAAUAACGCCUUCAACUAUAGUGAAGGAUCUCCUAAAGAUCCUAGUUCAAAGUGA